CUUCUUAAAAUAAAAAGAGAAUGUAAACCCUCCAAUUCGAUGAGAAGGUUCAAAAGGAUAGCAAGGUCAGAUUAUGGUGUUAAUAUAUAAAGGAGACAUUAAGUGGUAACCCUAGAAACCCUUUCUCUCUCGCCUAUUGUUGCCGUUGCUUGCUAUCUUUCGCCGUCGUCUCUUUAGCUUCUUGCGAAGAUGGUUCUUCAAAACGAUAUCGAUCUGCUUAACCCACCUGCUGAGCUUGAGAAGAGGAAGCACAAGCUCAAGCGUCUUGUCCAGUCUCCCAAUUCCUUCUUCAUGGAUGUGAAGUGCCAAGGCUGCUUCAACAUCACUACUGUUUUCAGUCACUCGCAGACUGUUGUGGUGUGCGGAAACUGCCAGACAAUUCUGUGCCAGCCUACAGGAGGAAAGGCAAAGCUCACCGAAGGAUGCUCUUUCAGGAGAAAGGGUGAUUGAUUGAAGCAAUCAUCAAAAUAAUGAAGGCUGUUUUCUUUUUCUUUUUUUUUUGUUGUUGUUGGCUAUGAUGUUAUCUCUGGAAUUUUAAAAUGUUUGGAUUUUUAAUAUAAGUAAGCAGAGUUUGCUCUUUUACUUUUGAGAUUAUCCCCAAGUCUAAAAUAGUUUACUGCUUGCUUGCAUCUAAUCCAUUUGGUAUCUCAAAAUACUCACUUUGAUUGGUUGUUUGUACUUUAUAUUUCGUCAAAAAAAAGUAAUUAAAGAAGUUAAGAACUA